UGACAUUUUGGCCCUCUCAACCGCCUUUUGUUUUUGAAAUUUUAUUACCAUUUGUUUUUUUGAAUGGGUUAUAAUAUAUUAACAAUAAAUGCUAUUUGUUAAGUUUUCCAGCACGGAAAAUUUAUAUACGUUGGUGUAUAAUGGAUACGAUAACAUGCACUAAUGAUUUAUGUCUAGCAGAAACCAAAACCAAUCAAGAGAAUAUACUACUAGAUAUUAUAAAGGAAGUUUGUGGCGAACCAACCAAGCUGUCUCAGAAGCUGGUGGGCAAAGUUAACAGGAUAAUUGCAGAUUGUGAUCUAACUCACCAUGCGAGUUUUCAUAAGCUAGUCACUGCUGAUGAUAGCACUACCACUGUAUUGGGGUUCAUGCAUCAAACAGCUGCUGAACUGACAUUUGAUGAGCAGGCAGAACUGAAUGAGGCAAUAGUCAACAAAAUUCAAGACAAAAUACCAAUAUUCACAGAUGAACUAGAAAAUUUGAAACAACACACUGGUGGAAAGGAGUCUAGAAAUGAAAAAGUCAGGGAGCUUCAGCAGAAUUUGGAUGAGAAGUUGAACACAUUGAAUGAACAGGAGAAUGAGAAGGUUGAGCUAAUGAUGGAAUGGCUCAACCACCGGCUUCAUGAUGUCUCUUCAUUCAGCACUCAAACCAAUGAACUUUACAUUUCAGAAGCUGUGGGCAUACAAUGGGCACCCCUGAACGUCCCCAUGUCUCGCCGCCUGCAGACCCUGGCCGCCACCGCCUGGAUAUGCCUUGUGCUGUUCGGAGAAGCGGCAGCCAUCUUACUUUUCAUACAACUCAUAUACUCACAGUUCUGGUGGCUCACUUUGCUGUAUGGCAUUUGGAUGCUGAACGAUCUUGAUGUUUGCCAUAGGGGUGGUCGGAAAAUAGAAUGGGUUCGGAACUGGUCCUGGUGGAACUACUACCGGGACUAUUUCCCUAUCAAACUAGUCAAAAAGCAAGACCUUGAUCCUUCGAGAAACUACCUCUUCGCCUGCUUCCCUCACGGAGUCGUUUGUUCUGGAGCCUUCGGAGCUUUUGCCACGAACGCUUUAAACUUCUACAAGGUGUUUCCAGGAAUGACUUGCAAUAUGAUAACGUUGGGUGGACAUUUUAGAGUGCCCUUUUUCCGUGACUUGGUGCUAGCUUUGGGCAGUUGCGCGUCCUCUCAAGAGAGUCUGCUGCACUUGUUGGAUAAGAGGAAGCAUACUGGGAAAUGUGUAGUUCUUUUCGUCGGCGGUGCGGCCGAGGCGUUAGACUCCCAUCCGGGAGAAUACAAAGUGAUUUUGAGUCGGAGGAAAGGAUUUAUUCGGGUUGCGAUGAAAUCUGGAUCGCCCCUGGUGCCAGUCUUCUCGUUCGGUGAGCCGGAUGUGUUCCGCCCGCCGAACAAUCCCCAAGACAGUCUGCUCCGGAAAUUCCAGGAAAAAGUCCGCCAGCUCACCGGCAUCUCACCCAUGUUCCCCAUCGGUCGUGGUGUCUUCCAAUACUCUAUUGGGGUGGUGCCUUUAAGAUCACCAGUUACAACUGUUGUCGGCGAACCUAUGGAGAUAGUUAAGAAUAUGGAGCCAACAGAUGCCGAAGUGGACGCAGUUCACGCGCAAUUCACUCAAAGACUUGUUGCACUGUUCGAGGCCGAAAAAAGCAAAUACCUGAAGGACCACGAAAAAGUACAACUAGUUAUUACAUAAUGUAUAACAACCAGUUGUUGUUUUUAUACCAAUUCCAGCAAACUAAACUUUAGUUACUUAUAUGUGAAUGAUGAUAAAGACGUCAAACUUGAACUGUACUUUUCGGCUUUUUUUUAGUAUGAAAGCUUCGUCGACAAGUCGUUUUCGAGUGUCCAAACACUAUGACGUCAAAAUAUAUAGGUCUAACGUUCGAAGUCAAUAAUUAAUCCAAUCCAAAAGCUUCAGAUGUGUUAAUACAGUUUGUAGAGCAAUCCGUAUCAACAGUGAAGUGUAGAAAAAAAAAUAGUAAUAGAAAAUAUUUCCAUUAUCCUUCCCAAAUAUUGAUUAAAUUAUUGAGAUAAUUCUAGUGCGCUUUAACAAUGGAAACUUUACGUGUUGAGUAGGAAAAGGAUAGCAACAAUUAAUUCGAUUUUGGAUUAGAAUGGUUAUUAAUUUACGGGUUGUAAAACAAUAAAUUAAUAAAAUAGAAAAGAAACAAGUGUGUUAAAAUGAAGAAAAAUAAAAUAAUAAGAAAACAUACUGUGUCGUAACAAAAAGUUUAGAAAAGUGUGUAGGAAAAAUGGACUAUUUUCUAAGGUGGUUUGACAUCUUUUUCAUCAUCAUCAGCGUUGUGGAUCGACAUCUCAUGUAUGAGGAUGGUCCGUAAUGAAAAAUGCGUAAAGGUCGUGUUUUCACUUUCGUUCCGUGUUCCGUGGCAGCGAUGAGGUGUAUUCAUAUGUGUGCAAAGAUAUUGUUCGAAUUACAUGUAGUAGUGUAAAGGCAGUACAAAAGCGAAUAAUAUGUCAUGUUAUUACGCAUAUAACAUUGUUAGAUCUCACAGUUUGAUACGUUUUUCACGAACGGAGAUCAAAUACUUAUUCAGAAUUUAAGAAGAAUCCGCAAUAAUUUUUUUCUUAGCAAUUACGGAAUCGGGUUCUUAAACAUUUUUGAAAUCAUAAAUCUAGUUAAUUAAUGUAUGCAUUUCUAAUCGAAUAAAACAAUAAAUUUUAGUAUUAGGCAUACUUGUUUCGCCAACCAGGGAAGACACAUUUGCUUUUUUAAAGAAUUUUCAUCUGUUUUUUUUUUUAAGUUAUUUGUACUAAAGAGUUCAAAUAAAAAUCGGUACUUACUUAUGUUAAUGUAAUAGGUCUACCACCGCCGGUUCGGAUGUUUUAAACCGUUUAUAGUCUUUAAGUGUUUUACAGAGUAAAAGUAACUAUAUUUUAUACUGAGGUAUGCAAUUAAAUUUUAUGUUAACAAUUAAAUAGCACUUGCUUCAACGGUGAAGGAAAACAUAGUUAGCAAACCUGCAUGCUUGCACGGCUAGCAUGGAAUUAUAUCCCCGGGGAAAGAAAAAGAAAUUA